AUGGAGAGCAAGAGCCUGGACCAGGGCUCUCAGGCCGACUUGAAGCUUGUGGCGCACCCGCGUGCCAAGAGCAAGGUGUGGAAGUACUUCGGGUUUGACACCAACGCCGAGGGGUGCAUCUUGCAGUGGAAGAAGAUUUACUGCCGCAUCUGCAUGGCUCAGAUCGCCUAUUCGGGGAACACGUCCAACCUCUCCUACCACCUGGAGAAGAACCACCCGGAAGAGUUCUGUGAGUUCGUCAAGAGCAACACAGAGCAGAUGCGGGAGGCCUUUGCCACCGCCUUCUCCAAGCUGAAGCCCGAGUCCUCGCAGCAAGCAGCCCAGGACACGCUGGCCGCCAAGUCGGGCCACGGCUCCGAGACCAAGCGGCAGCAAGAGCUCACGGCAGCCGUCAUGGGCUUCAUCUGCGAGGGGCUGUACCCUGCAUCCGUGGUGGACGAGCCCACCUUCCGGCUUCUGCUCAAGACGGCCGAGCCCCGCUACGAGCUGCCCAGUCGCAAAUUCUUCUGCACCAAGGCCAUCCCGGAGAAGUACGCGGCCGUGCGCGAGGCAGUCCUCAAGGAGCUGGGCGAGGCGCCGUGGUGCGGCGUCUCCACGGACAUGUGGUACAGCGAGAACCAGAACCGAGCCUACGUGACGCUGGCCGCCCACUUCCUCACCAGCGCGUCCCCCAACUCACUGUCCGUCAGCUCGCGCUGCCUCAAGACGUUCGAGGUGCCGGAGGAGAACACGGCCGAGACUAUCACACGGGUGCUCUAUGAGGUGUUCGUGGAGUGGGGCGUCAGCAGCAAAGUCUUCGGGGCCACCAGUGACUACGGCAACGACAUCACCAAGGCCUGCUCGCUGCUGGACAUCCCCGUGCACAUGCCGUGCCUCGGGCACGCCUUCAACGCCGCCAUCCAGCAGGCCUUCCAGCUGCCCAAGCUGGCCGGGCUGCUUCUGCGCUGUCGGCGGCUGGUGGAGUACUUCCAGCAGUCCGCGGUCGCCAUGUACAUGCUGUACGACAAACAGAAACAGAAGAACGUCGCUCACUGCAUGCUGGUGAGUAACCGCGUGUCCUGGUGGGGCAGCACGCUGGCCAUGCUUGAGCGUUUGAACGAGCAGCAGUUUGUCAUCACGGCCGUGCUCGUGGAGGACAGCAACAGCCACCACCUCAUGCUAGAAGCGGCCGAGUGGACCACGGUCGAGGGGCUGGUGGGGUUGAUGCAGCCUUUCAAGCAGGUGGCCGACAUGCUGUCUGCCUGCAAGUACCCCCCGAUCAGCAUGGUGAAACCCCUGCUGCACAUGCUUCUGAACACCACGCUCAACGUCAAGGAGACCGACUCUAAGGAGAUCAGCAUGGCCAAAGAGGUCAUCGCCAAGACGCUGUCCAAGACCUACCAGGAGAUGCCCGAGAUAGACAUGUUCCUCAACGUGGCCACCUUCCUGGAUCCACGCUACAAGAAGCUGCCCUUCCUCUCGGCCUUCGAGCGUCAGCACGUGGAGAACAGGGUGGUGGAAGAGGCCAAGGGGCUGCUGGAGAAGGUGGACGGCGGCAGCUGCCGGCCGGCCGAGGACAAGCUGUGCGCGCUGCCCGACGAGCCACCGGCAAAGCAGCUCGUGCUGGCGUCCGCGCCAUCGCCCACGAGCGUCAUCAACAACAUGCUCGCCGAGAUCUUCUGCCAGGCGGGCGGCGUGGAAGACCAGGAGGAGCGGCACGCCCAGGUCGUGGAGGAGCUGAGCAACUUCAAGUCGCAGAAGGUGCUGGGGCUCGGCGAGGACCCCCUCAAGUGGUGGGCCGACCGCCUGGCGCUGUUCCCCGUGCUGCCCAAGGUCCUGCAGAAGUACUGGUGCGUGGCGGCCACCCGCGUCUUCCCCGAGCGCCUCUUUGGCUCCGCGGCCAACGUGGUGAGCGCCAAGCGUAACCGCCUGGCCCCGGCGCACGUGGAUGAGCAGAUCUUUCUGUACGAGAACGGGCGGAGCGGGACCGAGGCCGAGCCUGAGGACGAGGACGAGGGGGAGUGGGUGGACUUCUUGUACUGUGACCUGGCAUCCAUGAGUUCCAUCCGGCAUUUUGUACAGGAAUUCAAGGCAAAGAACAUUCCUGUCCAUGUCCUGGUCAACAACGCUGGGGUCAUGAUGGUCCCGCAGCGGACCACCCGGGAUGGCUUCGAGGAGCAUUUUGGCCUGAACUACCUGGGGCACUUCCUGCUGACCAACCUGCUCUUGGACACUCUGAAGGAGUCGGGGUCCCCCGGCCACAGCGCAAGGGUGGUCUCUGUCUCCUCGGCCACACACUACGUCGCAGAGCUGAACAUGGACGACCUACAGAGCAGCCAGGGCUACUCGCCCCACGCAGCCUACGCACAGAGCAAGCUGGCCUUGGUCCUGUUCACCUACCACCUGCAGCACCUGCUGACCUCCUCAGGCAGCCACGUGACCGCCAACGCGGUGGACCCCGGGGUGGUCAACACCGACCUCUACCGACACCUCUUCUGGGGCGUGCGGCUGAUGAAGAAACUCUUCGGCUGGCUGUUCCUUAAGACGCCCGACGAAGGGGCCCGGACCUCCAUCUAUGCGGCUGUUGCCCCGGAACUGGAAGGAGUGGGCGGCCGCUACCUGCAUAACGAGGUGGAAACCAGGUCCCUCCAAAUCACGUACGACGAGAAGCUGCAGCGGGCGCUGUGGGCGCGGAGCUGUGAGAUGACCGGCCUCCCGGACGUCACCGAGGGCUGCAUCCAGGCCUAG